AUGGGUGAAGUUGCUUCAAAGCAAGUAUUUGAUUGGCUAUUCACUGAACCUAAAAUUCUAUAUACUGCAUCAGGUCUUGCGAGGCUCAUAGAUGACAUUAUGUCCCAUGAGCAAAAUAUCCUGCCUAAGGUUAAACACUUCGUCCAUAGGGCCUGCAAAAACCAUCUUCCGGCGGCAGAUUCACUGGUGCAACGAGGAAUGCUAAUUGAUGUAGUUGGCGAGGUCUGUGGCUUGCGUAUCGAGAGAGUUAUCCAUGCGUUGAAGGGUUGUAUUUUAGGCGAGCAAGUGUGGAAAUAUUCGCAUUUGAGACUUACAACUUCUAAGUGUCAGGCCUUGAGUUUCAUGGAAUGGUUUGCAACUAUUAUAAGUAAGUUCCAAAAAGAGCAGAUUGAGCUAUUCUUGAUGACAGCAUGGGCAAUAUGGCAUGCGCAGAAUUUGUUAAAAUUUGAACAUAAGAGACUGUUUAUUGUUGAGGUUUCGCAAAUGGCAAUUCUACUAAGUCCGAACAGCGAUGGAAGCCGCCCCCAUGGCUGGGUUAAGUUGAAUGUAGAUGCAUUGAUUAAAGAGUCAAUGGGCAAUGGCUAUAGUUUUGUUGCUCGGGACGAGAAAGAUGAAGUUAUAGGUUCAGGUACUCGGUUUAUUAAUAUGGUUUUGGUUCCAGAAGAGGCAGAAGCUGAUAUCGGAAGCUUUUGA